UUUUAUCGCGUAACAAAUAAUAAUAGCCUCGAUUAAAUAAAAGUAAUAACAACGUGAUUUGAGCUUGAUGUUCUACUGGACCGACAGUCAUGACACGUCUAAGAGGCCGAGCCUCUUUAAUGGCCAUUGUAAUGAUCAGUUUCACUCUGUUGAUUGUUAUUUAUCAUAUUCUGAGUAAUGAGGUCGAGGACAUAUCUUCCAAUAAAUUAAAUCCCCGUUUGAAAAUCGAAGAGGUAUAUCCAUUGAGCGAUCUUACAGAGAAUCCUCGCAGCAUCGCCAGAAAACAGGAAAUAGAAGCACGGAUAAUGGGAAAGUUGAAAAAUGGCGGUGGAAAAUUGUUUGCUGAUUUCAAUUACGAUAAACUAAAUACAAACACCGCUCCCUUGUUCAAGGGCCAUAAAAUUGUGCACCUCGAUUUAAAAGGCGCCCCUCCCAAAGUUAGUUAUUACAAGUACCUGUUACGUUUGCUCAAGAAAUUAGGUGCUACCGGUAUACUUAUAGAAUACGAAGAUAUGUUUCCUUUCGAAGGAAAGAUUCAAAACAUUAGCGCGCGCAAUUGUUACUCUAAGAGAGACAUUGCGAACAUUCUAGAAACUGCUAAUGAAAAUAAGCUCGUAGCGAUACCGUUGGUACAGACCUUUGGUCACAUGGAAUUUGUACUUAAAUUAGACGAGUAUAAGGAUUAUAGAGAAGUAAAUCGUUACCCUCAAGCUGUCUGCCCUACUUAUAACAAGACUCUUCCGUUCAUUUUUGAAAUGAUAGAUCAAGUAGUGACUGCGCAUCCUAAUGCAAAACAUAUACAUAUAGGAGCUGAUGAGGUGUAUCAAAUAGGGGAAUGUUCUAGGUGUUUAGAUGCGAUGCUUAAAGGACAAUUAGGUAAAAAACGUUUAUUCUUGGAUCAUGUUGCAAAAGUAGCGAGAUACGUCAAAGACAAGUAUCCGGACCUCACGAUUCUCAUGUGGGACGACGAGUUUAGAGAAAUAUCUCCGGAGGAGAUAAUAGACAGGGGAUUACACUCGAUGAUAGAACCGGUUGUAUGGAAAUAUACUACAGAUCCUGGUGCAUCGUUAACGGAUCAAUUAUGGGACAGCUAUGCAGCUAUUUGGAAAUAUAUUUGGAUAGCUACAGCUUUCAAAGGUGCCACUGCGCCGGAUAAGUAUUACACAGAUAUCGGGUAUCAUAUGGAAAAUCAUCAACGUUGGCUAGAAAUUAUUAACAGAUACUCUUCCGAAAUCACAUUCAAGGGUGUGAUCUUAACAGGAUGGCAGAGAUACGAUCAUUUCAGCAUACUUUGCGAACUGCUACCAGCUUCCAUACCAUCGCUCGCGGUGAAUUUAGCCAUUUUACAAGCACCGGAUUUAAGCGGAUUUUCAGUAGACGUGCCCACUCGUGUAUUGCAAGCAUUAAGAUGCGAGGGAAAAAUUUCUUUAAGUAUACCAGAACCACAGUACGGUUGGACCAAAUGUAGCUACCAAGGUGUGUCGAUCUACGCUGCACUUCUACGACUCUUUUCUUUGCACCAAGAAAUUACUAAAAUGGAACAGGACAACACGUUCAAGGGAUGGUUGAAACCAUACAAUUUAAAACAUUCGUUUUCGAGUCCUAGUCACGUCGAGCGUGCAGUCGCUGAACUGGACAGAAAUAAAAUGGAAGUAACGUAUAUCGAGAAAGAAAUGCGAUCGGCCAUGGAAGAAAUAUACGACGACUACACCAUACAGGAAUGGCUGGAAACCUAUGUCGUUCCUUUGAACGAGAAAUUCACUAAAUUGUGGGAGGCCAAAGAAAAAAUUCUGGAAAAGAACACGUGGCCGAGGAGACCGUUAAAGAAGCUUGAAUUAUAGUCUGAUAAAUAUUAAUACCGACAAAACAAAUAAGUAUUACAUCACGUAAUAACAGACUGAUGACCAUAUUAGGAUAAAGGAAACGACGUACCCGAGAUAUUCAGAAUUCUUCUUUUCUAAAAGGACGUGUACAAAAACCUGAACUAUAAUUUUGCACGUUUACGUUUGUACGUUUACUGUAUAAUACUCUACAACUCAAUUUUAACGGGUGAUCAAAAUCUGUAGAUCCCACCGUCCGUAAAUUUUCUUUCGAAUCGAAUACUCGAACGAAAUUGAUGGCUCGAGCUUUUGAAAACUGAACAACACCGUUUUACGAUCAGCGCUGCCUGGGAUAAAAUUUGAAAUUUGUAUAUAUUCAGAAUCCAGAAUCUUAUUCCACCGAGUACCGAUUGUAAUUCUCGUUUUAUAGCCGAUAGACAGUAGCAUCGAUAACAUCGUUCACGAAAUUACUUUUCGAAUGUUUUUACGAGCUCCCAUUUCCUAUUUCCUCAUUCCUAGGAAAGAACAAUUAAUUUAUUUGCUAUUUAUUAACGAUUUUUUACCCUCUGACUUUUACGCUUCCAAUUUGCAUUUUACGUAUACGUUAUAAUGUUUAUCGUUCCAAAUAUACGCACACGUGCGACGUGUUUGUUUUCUGUUCUCGUAUAUGUAACGUUUGCAUGAGUAGUGCCAUUAAUAAGUAGACACCAGAGAAGGUUCUUCCCGCGAGAGAACAAGUUUUCGAUUAAUAAAAAUAUCGACAGAUCUUUCGAAUAAUUCCCUUACGAUGUUAUCGUAAUUAUCGAACGUGAACUUUAUUCGUUUGUCGUGAAAUUUUGUGUUCGAUUUCAAUCAAAUACCAACAAAAACAUCUUUCCGCGAGCAUUUGUAAACUCUGACCAAAACAGAGUUCACGGCAUGUAGUAAAUCUACGAUGUGUAUGUACGUUACUACAUGUGUAUUAUUAUUAUUGUAAAAGUAUUUUUAACGUUGUUACGUCGAACAAUAUUAACAUUAAUUAACAUAAGUAGUAAGAUUCUAUCAAUAAAUAAAUAUCUGUUUUUAAAUCUACAGCGAAGACACCAGUG